AGGGGUGUUAUAGCUAGAGUAGGAUCCGAGAGCAGGCUACAUAGAAGGGAUGCAGGGAGUGGGCAGAGCCCAGGAUAGAGGGUGAAGAGAGUUGGGAUUCACAGAGUGGGGGCGGGGCAGAGUCUUUGACGGGAAAGAUCUAUAGAAGGGGACCUGGGCCCUGGAUAGAUUGAGGGGAUGGGGAGAAUAGAACUCGGGUUGGGAAUCGAGGGGUUGGGAUUAUAUAGAGAAGUUGGGAGGGGGUGUAGAACCCAAGAUGGGUAGGAUAGAAGGGAGUGCUGGGAGGAAGGAUAGAGAAGGUGGGGGUGCAAAGUCCAAGAUAGGAAGGAUAGAUUGAGGGGGUGCAGAAGGAGAAGCUUGGGAUGGGAGGAGGUAGGAGAGAAGAGAGGUGGAGGGAGCAGUGCAGGACCUGGGCGACGGAUAGAUAGAGUGGAGGAAUUAGAGUCUGGGUUGAGGGGAGGAUAGAAAGGCUAUGGGAGACAGAAUGGGACCUGGGGGAAGAAAGGAAGGGUGCUGGGGGAUGGGGGAAGGAGGAUGUGUGGGCGGCAAUUCAGUGAAUGGGGGGAGACUGGGAAGAGGAAGGGUUGCUGGAACAGCUCCGGAUGGGAGGGAUAGAUAGGGUGCACUGGAGAUAGAGGAUCUUCUGAGGAAAUGGGUAAUGCUUAGGGGGAAGAUUGGGGAAUAGCAGGGCGGUUGGAGAGGAUAGGAACUGGAGUAGUGCAUCUGAGGUUUUGGUAUAUGGUAUAUGGGAGGUAAUUCUUAAGAUGGAGUACUCCUCUGGGAUUGUGGGGGAAGGAUGAUGGACUAAAUGUGUGUGUGGAGACAUAAUCAUCAAGAGGAGUGCAAUUAAAAGAGCAGAGCUCAGGAUUAAAAGGUGUAGUUGAAGUAUGGGAAAGGAAUGAGAAGGGGCACAUGGGGCAUUGGGGGGCAAUUGUAGGUAAGGGGGGCAAUAGGGGGAAAAGGGUAGUAGUAGUAGUAGGAACUGAGGGGGGUAGUGUUAUGAGGUUGGAAUCCUGGGGAAUGUAGGAAUCAGGGGAUAAAAAAAGAUAUGGGGCCAGGGAUCAGUGUGAUAACUUGGAGGAGUGGGGAUAAGGAAGUUAGGGAUAAAGAAAAGAUUAAGAACCACCAGGUUGGGGUUUGGCUGGGUGGACAGUGACUAUGGAUUGUUGAGGGGAUGGAGGACAAGGAAAAUGAAAACCCAGGGCAGUGAUGGGAAAUAAAGACAAGGAACUCUAAAGUGGGGAAGGUAAUUUGGGGAACCUAAGGGGGAGACACCCCCUUCCAAAGGAUUAGACAAUUUUUAGAGUAUUUCUGCACACUCAGUUUCCCAGCCCUCUUUUAGAAAUGGUUGUCAUUCUUUUCUCAUUUUGAGUACCUGCCUGGGAGGAGAGGGUUUUGUCUCGAUUCCCUAUUAUUGGUUUCCACUGUUUUUUCACCAGUAAGGCACACCAUUCACUCCUUUUUCUCUAGUUUGCAUAAUUUACAUCUUUGCAUUUUUUUUUAGCUUACCAUAUAUGUAUUAGUAGCCUAUUCCCAGAUGAUAGAAAUGACUGGCUAGCUAUUAGUUAUCAAAUAUUUUAGGAUAUUGCUCUUUCCAUUCUGAUCUCUGCAGUAUUUGCAUAUCUUCAUUCACUGUAUUCAGUGAUUGGGUUAGCAGAUUAGAUCCAUCCUAUAAUUUAUAAUAUUCUUUUACAAUGCCAGUUUUCCAUGCUUGGACUUUUUUGGGUUGUUUGUUAGGGAAACAUAGGCUAAGUAAACCUGGAAUUGGGGACAAUGAUCUGAGGAAUGUCAGUGUGCUUAUAUAAUGUAUACAGCACUUCAGAAAUUAUAUUGUGCUGCAGUUGCUGGUAACAGAUUUUGUGAGGAAAGCCCUCCUAGUUUUCUGUUUUCUUUGAAACUGAUUAUUUUAUUUUUUAUGUUUCACUCCUAUUAUUCACCACUCUCAGGGCUAUGAUCAUCAUUAGUUUUGUUUUUAAGGAAGCCCACUUGCCCAGUUAAAUGCCUUGUUUAAAUAAUAGAACUGCACCUGUGUACUCCAGUCAGAUGGAGGGAGGAGGGAGUGGAUGCUUGAAUGCAGAGCUUUCUAUUACAUUUACCUUUUAGGGAAAAACUAAGUUUGACUUGUUUUAAGCUAUUUAAAGUGAAUGCUGAGCUUUAGUAAAUUUCUGAAUUAAGGUAUUUGUGAAACAUGAUUUAUUGCAACUGCAUUUUUAUGUUCUGAUAUAGUUGAUGUACCCCUAGCUGUGCAUGGGAAAAUAAUGUGAAUGGAGGGUUGCUUUGAACAGCAGGAUUUUGGAUGUUUUUUAAGAGCAUCUUAAGGUAUAGCAAUUUGUCAUUUCAGAAAGGAAUGAAUUUUAUUCAGAGCCAAAUAUGAAGGAAAAAUGGUACACAGAACUUUGACCUAAGAAAAUGUUUUAGAUUUGAAAGCUGUUAACUAGAAUAUUAUCUUUUAAGUUGUUGCUUGAUUGCAGGUUUUUUCAAAUGUGACUCUUCCAUAUUGUAUCCUUAGUUCAGAGAAAAAUAUAUAUCAUGAAAAAGAGAAUUAGGUGGCAAAUCUUCUUAAGAUGUCUAUUGAAGUCUUUUAGCCGGCAAUAUUCAGAAAGGAUAUUCUUUAAAUAGCUACAAUAUUUUUAACAUCCCUUAAGUUCGAGCUUGCUCUACUUGUUAGAAUAUUUCACAGAUAGUUGUAUUACCAUUAACAAAUAAGACAGUGAUUAGAAACUUUUCAGUCACCGGUCAGCAAGCUGUGUUCUUUUAGAAGUCACUUAGAAAAUCUAAAAAUAAUUUAGGCAACAUAGUUUUGAUUACCAUCUUGAUUUCCCCCUUGUUUUAAUUAUGUUUUAAAAUAAAACGUCUUAUGAGCUUUAGUAUUAAUACCAUAAUCCUUUAGAAUUAAAGUUUAAUUCCAUUUUGUAAAGUUUAGUUCCACAUUGUUUUCCAUUAAUAUCAAGCACUGGUUUUGGGCUCCAGUGAAUUUGGAGAGCUGUCAUGGAAGUCAUUGUAAUUCUGAGUGUGCUUAAAUCAUAUUGGUGAUCAAAAUGUUGUAAUGCUAAUAUGUCAUCUUGGAAGCAUGUUCUACCAGGAAGCAAUCAACUAUCCAUAAAUACAUUACAUUUUUUUCUUAGCCAUGGUGAUUUUUGGAGAUUGGCCCAUUUACUAGCUCUUUCUUGAUAUGAAUUUAAAUCUGUAUAUAUCCACUGCUACUUUUAUGUAAUAUUUCAUUCCAGUAAGGAUGACCUUCAGUUUACAGGUCUUUAGUUUAAGAACUUCAUUUCCUUUAUAUCGAAGAUAUUAAAGCUUACCAGACUAGUUUGUAUUUUAUUAGAUUGAGUAGCUUAACUCUUUAACCUAUCCUUAACCUUUGUGUAAUUCUAGCUAGUUGAAGUCUGAGUAUCAGUGUUGGGUAGAAGCAGUUGCAUGGUAGCAGUUUUCACUAGUAGUGAAUAGAUAAUGAACUCCUGAGGUCUAAGAUAGGCUUGUGAAAUACUGACACCCAGAUAUACCCAGAUAUACACUUCUAGCCUCCCAGACUAAAGAACCUUAUAGCAUUUGCAGCCUUGAUCACAGAUGAUGUUGUCGAGGAUAAUAGCUGUUCAUUCUUUUUUCUUUUUCUUUUUUUUUAAACCCUUACCUUCUGUCUUAGAAUCAAUACACAAUGUAUUGGUUCCAAGAUAGAAGUACGGUAAGGGCUAGGCAAUGGGGGAAUAAGUGACUUGCCCAGGGUCACACAGUAGAAAGUGUCUGAGGUCAGAUUUGAACCUAGGACUUCCCAUGUACCAGGCCUCACUCUCUAUCCACAGAGCCACCUAGCUGCCUCCCCGUUCAUUCUCUUCUAAUAAAGGAAUUUCCUUUUGUAAGAAGGGCCCAUAGCAAUGUUCUUUACACUGCCACACUGAAUGAAUCUGCUUUUGUUUUAAUUUGAUUAAUUUUCUUGCUCAUCUAGAUUAUGGUUUAAUGUGGUAUUUUCCAUUGUAUUUUCCAAACCUUAAAAAUCCUCCUCAGAGCUGGGAAGCUGAGGAAUAUAUAGUAUGGUAUCAUCAGCAUAGUAAUGAUAACCCCAGCCCUAUCUCUCAAAAAUCUCUCCCAAAGGCGAUAUAUAGAUACUGAAAAGCACCGGAGUCCAAACCGACCUGUGGGGAGCACCACAUGCAAUCCCAGUACUGGCAGAUGGAAGAUCACCUAACAUCACUGAUUGUGGGAGCGCUCUGUCAGGAUAGUUACAGUUAUGGACGAUCCACACCUGCUAGCAACUAUGAGAACAAACCAUAUUACCAGCCUACUGCUACCCAGGCUCAGCACACUGCCACAGACUCUUACUUUCAAUCAGGUACUAAAGGAGGCUACAGUCAGCCUACCAGUGGUUACAGUCAAAAUCAGCCCCAAAGACAAGUGACCACAAUUAAGCCAGUUCAGACAGUGAGUACCACAUCUUCAAGCUAUAAUGCUUACCCAGCAGUGACAUCUGUUCAGCCAAAUGUACCUGCUUCCUCUAUUCCUUCAUAUACCUCCUCUUCCUCAUACAAUUCCACUUCGGCUUCAUAUACUGGAUCCAAUUAUUCCACUUAUGAUGCUUCAGUGUAUUCAGCAGCCGACUCGUACUAUCCAGCACCGCAGCAGCUACAGCCACCGCUUCAACCCCCACCUCAGCCUCAACCCAUUACACCCCAGCAGCAGCAUCCACAACCUCUACCACAGCCUCUGCAGCUUCCUCCCCUUCCAAAGCCCACAGGGCCAUCUCUGUGGGCCAACGUGGGGUGUGGCAUAAGUACCAGCUCUGUCAGUAGCUUCCCCAAGAAACCACCUUUUCAGAACAAGCAGCUGAAACCCAAAGGUCCCCUCAAACAGCCCCAGCUAUACUACUGUGACAUCUGCAAGAUCAGCUGUGCUGGUCCCCAGACCUACCGGGAACAUUUAGAAGGACAGAAGCACAAAAAGAAAGAGGCAGCUCAGAAGCUGGGUAACCAGUCAAAUAUUGGUCUUCGUGGGGUUCAAACGCAGCUGCAUUGUGAGCUCUGUGAUGUGUCUUGUACAGGAGCAGAUGCAUAUGCAGCACAUAUCCGGGGAUCCAAACAUCAGAAGGUCAUUAAAUUACAUACGAAGUUGGGGAAACCUAUCCCUUCAGUAGAGCCAGUAUUAUUGAACUCUGUUCCUACCAACAUAGUGAACAAGCUGGUUCCCCAAGUCACUACUACUGCCACAACUUCUGUCACACCAGCUAAAGCAGCAAAUGUAGCCAUCAACAAUAGCACAAGCUACCCAAGAAGGCCAGUACUGACCAAGAAACCACUUACCUCAAAGAUAACAUAUGUAGGGACUAACAAGCCACAGGCAGCUGGCAACAGACUUGAAGAGGGGACAAUGGUCCAGUCAAAAUCAGAGCUUCCAAGUAAACAGUCCACACAUGAGAAUUCUGGGGAUGCUUCUGGGGUCUUGUUUGAUGUGCAGCCAGUAGGACAUGACUAUGUGGAGGAGGUUCACAACGAUGAAGGAAAAAUGAUUCGAUUUCACUGUAAGCUGUGUGAGUGCAGUUUCAAUGAUCCUAAUGCUAAGGACAUGCACCUGAAGGGGCGUCGGCAUCGACUACAAUACAAGAAAAAAGUGAAUCCCGAUCUCCCAGUUGAGAUUAAGCCCAGUAAUCGAGCUCGGAAGCAUCAUGAGGAGAAAAUAAAGAAACAGAAACAGAAAGAUAUGUUGAAGCGAUGGAGAGAGGAACAGCAGCGUCAUCAUAUAGAAAUGAGACGCUAUGAAGAAGAAAUAUAUUGGAGGAGAGUAGAAAAAGAACAGUUGUAUUGGGAAAAACAUCAACACCGAAUGGUGACUGAUUGGAAUCCACCUCCCCUCAUGGGCAGACCAGGGGGACCUGUUCCCUCACUUUUGGGUUCAAGGCGUCCCAAUACUUCUGAUGACAGGCAUAUCAUGUCCAAACAUUCUACUAUUUAUCCCACUGAAGCAGAGCUACAGGCCAUUCAGAAAGUGGUUUCUCAUUCAGAACGAGCCCUCAAGCUGGUCUCAGAUAUCCUGGCAGAAGAAAAAUCAGAACAUCAAGAGGAAGAGGGUGGUGAAAAAGGCAAAAUAGAUUCUUCAUCAAGAAUACUGAAAGGUGUGAUGCGAGUUGGGAUCCUAGCAAAGGGCCUUCUCCUCAAAGGAGACAGGAAUGUGCAACUUAUCCUUCUGUCAGCUGAGAAGCCCACACAGUCCCUCCUCCAGAAAAUCACUGAGCAGCUACCUAAGCAACUUUUGACAGUAACCGAGGAUAAGUAUGAGGUUUCAUCUGACACAGAAGAAGCAAAUAUAGUUAUUGCCUCAUGCAAGGAACCAAAAAUGCAGGUUACAGUUUCUGUCACAUCACCCCUGAUGCGAGAAGAGACUUCCACAGACAAAGAAGAGUCUCAAACUGAUCCUGUAGAUGUCUUGAGUCAACAAAAAUGUUUAGAGUCUCUGGCUGCCCUUCGCCAUGCCAAGUGGUUCCAGGCCAGAGCUAAUGGUCUGCAGUCAUGUGUAAUUGUUAUCAGGGUUCUUCGAGAUCUGUGUCAGCGUAUGCCAACAUGGAGAGCCCUACCAGACUGGGCAAUGGAACUUCUGGUGGAAAAAGCUUUGAGCAGUGCAUCAGGGCCUCUGCGUCCAGGAGAUGCCAUGAGGAGAGUGCUAGAGUGUGUAGCCACAGGAACACUCUUAACAGAUGGACCAGGACUUCAGGAUCCAUGUGAGAAAGACCAGAUUGAUGUGCUGGAAGUCAUGACAAGUCAAGAACGAGAGGAUGUCACAAUCAGUGCCCAGCAUGCUUUACGGAUGCUAGCUUUCAGGCAAAUCCAUAAAGUACUAGGAAUGGACCCUUUGCCACCACCUAAGAGCAGAGUUGGUUCACGCAACAGGAAACGACGAAGAGACUUCAGUGAGGCAGUGGAAGGAGAGAGUGGAGGGAAAAAAGAGAGAAAAGAAGAUGAGAACAAUGCCUAAGCACUGUUGUAGCUAAGACAAUGUUCACACACAACUUGAAUUUUAUAUGUACAUACACAUGUGUUGCACACGUACUCCUCUAUAAAUGUGUGUAUGUAUAUAUGAGUUGCUGUUUAGUCUAUGGCAUUUGACAAUUUUAGUGUUUUCCCCUUGAAUAACGUGUUAUAGAUUUGUUUUUUAAAAUUGUGCUUAAAUCAUUUAAAAAAUUGCAUCAUUCCAAAAUUGCCUUUAGGCAAUAACCCCAUUUAACUUUGUCCCUUUCCACCUCUUCCCCAACUCCUGAGGAAGCCCUCCCCACAGCAAAAGAGGUAGAAGGAUGCAGGCAUAUUUUUUUAAUUCUGAUAUUUCUUGCAAGCUUUAUAUAUGCAUCACAGCUUAUAGAGGGAAAUGCCAGGUAUUGGGUUUGAACCUUAAAAUCAUUUCCUUUGGCUGUUCCAUCCUCAAGCUAGAAUGAAUGUAGAUGUGCCCUCCUUGGGGUCUGGACAGCAGGAAGAUUGAUUUAGAAGAAUCAGGGAGAUUGGUUUGCUCUCCCAAAAGAGCAAAAACAAAAACAAAAAAACAAACUUGUGGCAGGUAUAUAGCUUUGAGCCAAGAGUUGAGCAAGGGAAACAAGCCAGUGAAGCUUUAGCAUUCAUUUCACUGUAACUUCUUGCUCUUCAUUAGAUAAAAUAAAUAUAAAGGGAAGACAACCCCUCCCCAAAACCCAGAAACAAUCCACCUAUUCCUGUUAACUUGUUAACAUUUUACAAAUCGGAAUAGUUUCUAUUAUUGGACUUUGUGGGUUUCUCUUUUGAGAGUACUGAAUGUGUUCCAUUAAUGGUGGUGAAGGUGGAGCUCCGUGCUGCUCUAUGAACAGGCUUUGGUGAUAGGAUGAAAAAGUAUAUUUAGCACUCACUUUAAAAAUACCUGUUAAUGACUUGAGAACCACUUAAUCCCCAGAAAUUUUCUAUAUACCAAUGAGUGCCUUCUAAAGAGAGGUGGCCAAGACUCACAUAAUGAACAGCUUUUUUUUUUCCAUUUUAAUUUAAGUUGGGCUUUUUCUUUCUGUUUUGUUUAUUUUUUUCCUAGUUUCAGUCUAAUUUUUAAUAUCAUCCAGUUCUGAAGCUUAGGCUUUUUUUGGUAAUAGAGCAGAAGAUUCAGGACUUCGUUGGGCAGCUAUCCAGGAAGGCCUUUGAAUGAUUGUAUGUGACAAGUGUCCUUCUGGCACUGUGCAAAGUGAGAAGAAGGGAGCAGAUGCCCAUGUUGAGGUGAUACUGAGGUAGCAAGGUCAGUGAACUGGGGAGGCUCAUCAUCCCACCCUAAAUCAGUUUAACCUCUUUGCAGAGAAUUUCUUAAUCAGUUGCCUGAUGGCACUUAAGGAAAAAAAACAAACAAAUUUUCUUUUGACAGAUGUUAUAAUCUAUGCUCACUUGACACAAUUUAUUUUGUUUUAUUUUCUAUGUGUUAACAAGGAGAGCCAGUAACAUGGCUUUAACAUUUGGAUGUUUUUGUAGUGCUACCUGAAAAUAAAAAAGGAGAAAAAUAAAAUGAAAA